AUGUUGUUUCAAUCCACCUCGCCACUGACGGCGCUCACUGUGGUGCUGGUGCUUUCCAGCGCCGUUUUGGCCGGCAACUAUACCCUGCGAGAUGAGAUUACGGGUCGUCAAUUCUUAGAUCGCUUCUGGUUCUGGUCCUACAACGAUCCCACACACGGUACUGUCAACUAUGUCGAUCAGUUCACUGCUAUUGCCAACCGGCUGGCAUACGUCAACUCGAACAAUCACUUUGUGAUUCGCGCUGACAACACCUCCGUCGUACCACCAGGUCGAGGCCGACAGAGCGUCAGAAUGCAUAGCAAGCGCACUGUCGGCGACGGUAUCAUUGUCGGCAAGUUCUCGUUCAUGCCUCAAGGAUGUGCGACAUGGCCGGCCUUCUGGAUGUGCACAAAUGGCAACUGGCCAGCAGGAGGAGAGAUUGACAUCGUCGAAGGAGCCAAUGAUCAAGGUCCUCGCAACCUUGCCAGUCUACACACCUUAUACGGCUGUCAUAUUCCAUCAGGCUCACGGUCCGACCAGCUCGGAAUCACUUCCCAAACAGAUUGCUCCUACCAACCUGGCUGCUCAGCCUCCUUUACCGCCGACAACUCCUUCGGUCCCAACUUCAACCGGAACGGCGGAGGCUACUUUGCCGUCCGAAGAGAAACACGACCUGGCGAUUGGGGCAUUGGAGUCUACUUCUGGCCCAUCACCUCUUCCCCCUCCUCCCUACCCUCUGCUGUCGCUGCACUCGCCGACGGAGUCUCAGCGCCCAAGUACGUCGUCACCAACAGCAACGCAACCGGCAACGACCGAAGCGAACUCAACAAGUGGGGUACACCAUCCGCAUUCUUCGCCAACACUGCCAACUCUUCGGCCACACCAGCAUCUCUCGCUGGAGGAGACGGUUCCGUAUGCGAGAUGAACAAGUUCUUCGACGAGCAUACGAUCAUCAUCAACCUAAGCUUGUGCGGUGAUUGGGCAGGAGAGACCUUUGCACUGAGUGGAUGUGCGGCACGAUACAACAACUUAUCGUGUGACAACUUUGUGCGUAACUACCCACAGGCGUUCAGUGAUGCGAGGUGGGAAAUCAACUAUAUGAGGAUCUAUGAUAAUGCUGCUAGUCUGAAGGGUCGGCCGGCGGCGAUGUUCUAUUGGAUGCUAUCGGUGCUUGUCAUGGGAUACUUGUUUACAUAG